ACUGAAAAUACUUAAAACAUUGGCGUCUCUGCUUUUUCCCACACUCUGCUAGGGUUUCAGAGUCGCCGCGCUCCCUCACUUCAGUUUCAACUCGCUUUCUCAAUCGCCGAUUCCACUCGUUAACUCGCCGUCCCUGAGUUCAGAGAUGGCCAUGGAGGUUACUCAAAUCCUUUUAAAUGCCCAAGCAGUGGAUGGAACAUUAAGGAAACAAGCCGAGGAAAGCCUGAAACAAUUUCAGGAACAGAAUCUUCCAAGUUUCUUAUUUUCUCUUGCUGGGGAACUGGCAAAUGACGAGAAGCCUGCAGAGAGUCGGAAGCUAGCAGGUUUAAUUCUCAAGAAUGCUCUGGAUGCUAAAGAGCAGCACAGAAAAAUAGAAUUUGUCCAAAGAUGGCUGUCAUUGGACCCAACCUUGAAAGCUCAGAUUAAGGCAUUCUUGUUGAGGACACUUUCUUCCCCUUCUCUUGAUGCCCGAUCAACUGCAUCACAGGUUAUUGCUAAAGUUGCUGGCAUUGAGUUGCCUCAUAAACAGUGGCCUGAAUUGAUAGGAUCCCUGUUGUCUAAUGCUCAUCAGCUUCCUGCCCCUACAAGACAGGCAACACUUGAGACCCUUGGAUACAUCUGCGAAGAAGUUUCCCCAGAUGUAGUAGACCAGGAUCAUGUAAAUAAGAUACUCACUGCUGUUGUUCAAGGGAUGAAUUCAACAGAAGAAAACAACGAUGUCAGGCUUGCUGCCAUAAAAGCAUUGUACAAUGCAUUGGGUUUUGCCCAGGCAAAUUUUUCGAAUGACAUGGAGCGGGAUUAUAUCAUGAGAAUUGUGUGUGAGACAACACAAUCUCCUGAACUAAAGAUUCGACGAGCAGCAUUUGAGUGCUUGGUAGCUAUUUCUUCGACAUACUAUGAAAAGUUAGCUCCUUAUAUCCAAGAUAUCUUCAACAUCACUGCCAAGGCUGUGAGGGAAGAUGAGGAGCCAGUUGCACUUCAGGCAAUUGAGUUUUGGAGUUCAAUAUGUGACGAAGAAAUUGAUAUACUAGAAGAAUAUGGAGGUGAUUUCAGUGGGGAUUCAGAGGUUCCCUGCUUUUAUUUUAUUAAACAGGCACUUUCAUUUCUUGUCCCCAUGUUAUUGGAGACACUGCUGAAGCAAGAAGAAGAUCAAGACCAGGAUGAAGGAGCAUGGAACAUUGCUAUGGCUGGAGGUACCUGCUUGGGAUUAGUUGCACGGACAGUUGGUGAUGACAUUGUACCUUUGGUUAUGCCGUUUAUUGAAGAGAAUAUAACCAAACCAGAUUGGAGGCAAAGGGAAGCUGCAACUUAUGCCUUUGGCUCUAUUUUAGAAGGUCCAUCUCCUGAUAAACUUGUGCCAUUGGUGAAUAUGGCUUUGAAUUUCAUGCUCACUGCAUUGAUGAAAGAUCCGAAUAAUCAUGUGAAGGACACAACUGCAUGGACUCUUGGGCGAAUGUUCGAAUUUUUGCAUGGAUCAGCUCUGGAUACUCCCAUUAUCACUCCAGCAAACUGCCAACAGAUUAUUACUGUGCUGCUUCAGAGCAUGAAAGAUGUUCCAAAUGUUGCUGAGAAGGCUUGUGGUGCUCUUUAUUUUCUUGCCCAAGGCUAUGAGGAUGCUGGAUCUGCAUCCUCUCCGUUGACCCCCUUCUUCCAAGAAAUUGUUCAUGCUCUCCUCACUGUAACUCACAGAGAGGAUGCUGGAGAAUCCCGCCUUAGAACAGCAGCCUAUGAAGCGUUAAAUGAAGUAGUGAGGUGUUCUAAUGAUGAAACAGCUCCUAUGGUGGUACAACUUGUUCCUCUCAUCAUGAUGGAACUCCAUCAGACUCUUGAGAAUCAGAAGGUUUCAUCUGACGAGAGGCAGAAUGAGUUACAAGGCCUUCUAUGUGGUUGCUUGCAGGUUAUCAUACAGAAGUUAGGAUCAUCUGAACCAACAAAAUAUCAUUUCAUGCAGUAUGCUGACCAAAUUAUGGGUUUGUUUUUGAGAGUGUUUGCUUCUCGAAGUGCAACAGCUCAUGAGGAGGCUAUGCUUGCCAUUGGGGCUUUGGCCUAUGCAACCGGUGCUGAUUUUGCGAAAUACAUGACAGAAUUUUACAAGUAUUUGGAGAUGGGUCUCCAAAAUUUCGAGGACUACCAGGUUUGUGCUAUCACAGUGGGUGUGGUUGGUGAUGUAUGCAGAGCCUUGGAGGAGAAAAUACUGCCUUAUUGUGAUGGGAUAAUGACCCAACUUCUUAAGGAUUUGUCUAGCAAUCAGUUGCAUAGGUCCGUUAAGCCUCCUAUUUUUUCAUGUUUUGGAGACAUUGCCUUGGCAAUUGGAGAAAACUUUGAGAAAUACCUGUUAUAUGCAAUGCCUAUGCUUCAGAGUGCCGCAGAGCUCUCUGCUCAUACAUCUGGUGCUGAUGACGAUAUGACAGAAUACACUAAUUCUUUGAGAAAUGGAAUUCUAGAGGCAUACUCAGGGAUCUUCCAAGGGUUUAAAGGUUCCCCAAAGACCCAGCUUCUGAUGCCAUAUGCUCCUCAUGUGCUGCAAUUCUUGGAUAGUUUGUAUAAUGAGAAGGACAUGGAUGAUGUUGUGACUAAGACAGCAAUUGGCGUGCUUGGAGAUUUAGCUGAUACUUUGGGUAGUAACGCUGGCCCGUUGAUUCAGCAAUCUGUGUCCAGCAAAGACUUCCUUAAAGAGUGUUUAUCAUCUGAUGAUCAUUUGAUUAAGGAAUCUGCGGAAUGGGCCAAGUUGGCAAUCAGUCGAGCAAUUUCUUUUUGAGGCUGUUGCUAUUUCCUGGCUUCUAGUUCUCUUGCAUACAUUUGCAUUUGUUGCGUGUGGGGGUCUCAACUGCAUACAUGAGUCGGGUCAUCACCAUUUUUGGGAACAGGUGUUCGGUCCUUUGGUUGUCUGCAUUUCAUGUCAGCAACAUGGUCAUGGAGUCUGCUUUUUCAUUUUUAUUUUUUUAAAAUUUAUUGUUCUGCAUUGCUAUGGAGGAAGUCGGUGGGUGAUGACCAAUCUUUCUGCUAACUUGGCAGAAAAGAUGCGGUUUCGUACAGGAGGAGAAACAGGGUGAAAUGGGGGGAAGGAGCAAGAAAGGAGAUAUCCCAUGAUAUCUGCCAAUACCGUAACUAUUGGGCUUGCAUGAGUUAUUGAAUGUUUUGGAGUCUAUGGUGGUGGUCCAGAUAUUAUGUCCUUUACUAUUUUUUUUUCCUUUUACUAUUGGCUGUAGAGUGAAACAAUCAUCUUAGUCCAUCCAUGUGUUUGGGACAAGGUAAUGCAACAUAUUUUAGCCGUUCCUUGAAAUUAUUCAAAUAUUUUUUUGUCUCCCGCAUCAAAGUUUAUAUUUAUUCAUGAGUUGUUUCUUAAAGUCGCAUAUAUGAGUAACGUGUCAUGGUAGUUUCU